CCUGUCUCAUUACUAGCCGAUUUAAACACAUUGUAAAUAUAUUUUCCUGCUUCCGCUGUAUCCAAACUGACUCGGCCCUUUGAUUUCAGGCAGAUCAUGAACAAAGACUCACAAAUGAGGGCUGCAAUAAACCAGAAGCUGAUAGAAAUGGGGGAACGGGAGCGGUUGAAAGAGUUGCUCAGAGCAAAGCUGGUGGAGUGCGGGUGGAAGGAUCAGCUGAAGGCACACUGCAAAGAUGUGAUCAGAGAAAAGGGUCUGGAGCAUGUCACAGUGGAGGACCUGGUCACAGAAGUCACACCAAAAGGCAGAGCUCUGGUACCAGACAGCGUGAAGAAAGAGCUGCUGCAGAGAAUCCGAGCUUUUCUAGCUCAACACGCAACCUUGUGAAUGCGGUGAAUCCUGUCCAGGUUUUUUUUUUUGUUUGGUUAUUGUUUUUGUUUAUUGUUUUUGUUUGUUUUGUUUUUUUACUCGCUGUAGAUCCACGAUUAAGACCCAGACUGAUGUUUGUUCUCAUUGUGAGCAAUGCUGAAGUGUUAAUUUUAUUUUGUAUUGUGUGUUUUCAUAUUGAUUUUAGUUUGUUAUGCUGCAGUUUUGGAAAAAAAUAAAAUAAAAUAAAAAUAAAGUCAUGCCUAUUUUGGUCA